UCUCCUCUUCUUCUCCGUUUCUCCAGCUUUCUUCUUCUUCGUUCUUCUGCUCUCUUCUUCUACUCUUAGUCUAUUCUUCACUCCCCUUCCCUGUAGGUCUAUUUCUAUAUCUGUUAUAUUUGUCUUUUAAUUACAAUCCAUUGUAAUCAACUGCAUUGCAAUUGAAUCAUCAGUUAAUGGAAUGAAUGGCUGAUUUUGAAUUGGAAAUUAACUGAUUAUUGUUAGUAAUUUCAGUUUAUGUUCUCACUUUGAGCAAUUACAACAUAUAUUCUGUAUCUUGUGUCUCUACUGCUGGUUAUCUUGUGUUUAUUGCUGCUGGUUAUUGGUUGAAUAUUAUUGCAAUUGAACUCCCCUGGUUAUUGAUUAUUGGUUGCUUAUUGGUUAUUGGUUGAGUUUUGGUGGAAGUUGAAGCCCAACCAUAACAAAUGGUAUCAGAGCAGCUACAAUCCUUGGGUGUCUCUCGAUUGGAUGGCAUAAUGGAAGAAAUUAAUAGGAAGCAUGAUCUACAAAUUUCAAUGAUGACUGAAUUUAUUGAGCGUAAAUCAGCCUCCAAAGAGGAACAAUAGGAGGAAUUGGAAGAGGAGAGUAUUAUCCCACCAAAUGAUGGUACAUCUGAAGCAGUUUCUGUUGAAUUUAUUAAUGGUCCGCAAUCUAGUUCCGGUGAAAGUGGCCACAAGUUAUUGAGGUAUGCAAUUCAGAGGUUGGGCAGGAACAUAUGCAUUUUCUAUCUGCUAAUUUACCAAGAAUGGAUAAUCCAAUUGAAGAUUUCAAAGAUCAUGAAUAUAUUUAGUCGAAGCUUCCUUUGGACCCUAGCUCUUCUGAAAUAGCAAGAUCCAUAGAAGCUGUUGAUGAAUGUACUAGUGCAGAGGAGUAUUCAAGUGCCCAUUCAGUUAAGCCAGCAAGGAGUAUGCCUAGACUUUCUGUAGCUUCGAUCCAUUUUAGUGUUGUGGAAGAUAAUCUUGAAAUUGUAACUGACUCUCCCACAUCUAGGUUAUUGAAUCCCAGCUUACGAAAGAUUUUAAAAGAAAUCGAGAAGGGUACUGUAAAGCAGAUACACGAACUUUUUGACCUUAGCUGUGGAACAUCUACAGGCAGAAUGUUUACUGUUGCUCUUGGAAUCAAACUGAUAUCCUUGGAAAAAUGUGAAGAAACAUACAAAAAACUAGGAAAAUUGAUCUUUGCUGAACCUAUACCUAAGGGCGAUGAAGCAGCAAGUUGGAGAGAAAAGUUGGAUAAGCUCUAUAAAAGCUCAUCACAGAGUUUUAGUGUUGAUGUGCACAGAUCUAAACACAGUGCAGAUCAGUUUGAAAGACUGCUGGGGAAAAUUUGUGCUGAUAAGGAUGGAGAUCUCCUCAUAGAAUCUUCAUACAACUUAUUGUUUGGGAAAUUGGAUUUGAGAUGCCUUUUUGAGGAGUACUUUGAAGAAGCGAGGCAUUUUAGCAUCAAGAUUAGGCUGAAGCCAGUAGAUGAUGUGCAUGUUGAUUUGGUUGCUGCUGUUGCUGGUUACUAAGCAAGAUGGGAAGUUUGACUGCUGGGGUGGAAUAUGAACCAAAAUUUGGAAGCAAAGAUGGAACAAAAUACAAAAAGCUGGUAAAUUGGAGUUGUACUAUUGCUUAUGGAUUAGGAUCAGGGAGUCCAUUGAGCCCAUCCUUCAAUUUUGGACUUGAACUUGCUAAAAAUUCACAAUUCAUUGCUUCUUUUUAUCAACACGUGGUGAUUCGAGGACGAUUGAAAAAUCCACGUAAAGAGAAUGAAAUAGUUGGAAUCACUAUUCACGUUGACUUUGGUUUUGAGUUACAGACAAGCAUUGACGAUGAAAAAUCAUCAAAUAAUAUUCAAGAGCGCACUUUUCAAUUUGCUGCAUCUUGGCAAGCCAAUAAUAAUUUCUUACUGAAGGGUGAAAAGAGUGAUGCGGGUCAUGUCAACCAGGAAUAUGCCACAUUGUACUACUUGCUUAAUCCAAAGGUGGUGAAAAGAAUGAGGCGGUGCUAACUUCAUCUAAAGAAAACAUCCUGACUUUGAACCUUGAAGACAAGGUUAAUUUAAGGAGAAGGGAUGUCAUGGGUUGGACCCUUUAGUUUAUUUUAUUUAAGUGGGCUAGCCUAGUCUCAUUAGGGUUGUUGUUUGGGUCUAUAUGUAGUUGUAUGUGUGCAUUUGGAGGGGGGUCGAAUGUUGAAUUGAUUGUGGUGGUUUGCUGCCGUCUACCUCCUCUCUUCCUCUUCUAUGGUUCUUUCGGUUCUUCUUCUUCUUCUUCUCUAUUUUCUGCAUUUCUCUCCCCUUUGGUAAGCUCUUUUCCUGCUUCAUCUCUUCCUCUCCGUUUCUCCAGCUUUCUUCUUCUCCGUUCUUCUGCUUUCUUCUUCUACCCUUAGUCUAUUCUUCACUUCCCUUCCCAGCAGGUCUAUUUCUAUAUCUGUUAAACUUGUCUUUUAAUUACAAUCCAUUGUAAUCAACUGAACUACAUUGUAAUUGAAUCAUCAAUUAAUGGAAUGAAUGGCUGAUUUUGGAUUGGAAAUUAACUGAUUAUUGUUAGUAAUUUCAGUUUAUGUUCUCACUUUGAGCAAUUACAAAAUAUAUUCUGUAUCUUGUGUCUCUGCUGCUGGUUAUCUUGUGUUUAUUACUGCUGGUUAUUGGUUGAAUAUUACUGCAAUUGAACUCCCCUGGUUAUUGAUUAUUGGUUAUUGGUUGAGUUUUGGUGGAAGCUGAAGCCCAACCAUAACAGCUUCCCCCUUCCUCCCCUUCUCUUUGAUUUCUCUUUCUCCGAUCUUCUCCAUUCCUUCUAUCAUUGCUUCUUCUCUUCUUCUUUUGCUAUUUUCUGCAUCCUCUUCUCUUCUUCUCACUGGAAUUCUUCCUCUGCUGUUUUUUGUCUAUGAUUUAAUUCUAGAUUGAUUGCUUGAAUUUGAUUCUCCAUCAAAGUAUACUUCACUCUCCUAAUUAAGCAAGUUUGUCAAACAAAGCUGGCUUUGCACUCUACGUUCUCUAUAUAUUAUUGGGUUCUGUAUAUCAAUAAUAUUACCACCAUUAAAUCAAAUCCGUUGCUACAAAACCCACUCCUGUCAUCUUUCCAAAACUUGAUUUCCUUCAUUAAACGCUGUUCAACCAAGCUUAUUACAUCCGAUCAUCAUCCACCACCACGUCUGCUACCCCAAUUGUCAGUCUCUCCAACAACUUCACCAAAAGGUUUGUUUAAAAUCAACCCACUAUCCUCCACCUCCAAAAACUCCGCCAACAUGAACCACCAACUAUAACCUCGCCAAAUAUUUCUAGUAAACCACAACAACCCAACCGCUCCUGCAAUUGUGCACAACCAACAAAUCCAACCAAAAAAAAAAUUGAUUCAAACCGCCACCACAAUCACCUUCGCUUGCUGCAACCGCCGUCUUCUUCACCAACCAAAGAGACGACAUCAAAUCACUGUUCAAUCCUAGCUACCACAUAAUCGAC